AUGUCAGCACAAGCCAUUGAAGACUUCGAGGCGUUCCUAGAGGAUAGCUUCGAGCCUACUAAGUUCGCUGGGUCACUCCUACUAGCCACAAAUGUCGCUGACGAUUCUGAGCUCGACUUGGCCACGCCCAUCAAGAAGCUCCAGUUCGACGCCAACGAAUGUGAAACUCGAAUCGAACAACUUGCACGUUCACAUACAGCUGAGCUCGUGGACAGUUUCACAAAGAUAGAAUCGACGAAAAAUAUCAUGGGGCUGACCGUGACACCGCUGGUGGAAAGGGUCAAGAAGCUGUAUGCUCGUAUCCAGAGGGAGAUUGUUGAUCCAUACAAGGAAGCCACUGAGCUCAAUGAAGCACUCAAGAAGAUCCAUGCUACUUCUACGCUUCUUCGGGGAGCUGGGUUUCUUAUAUUGUUUAUCCAGCAGCUUCAGGACUGUGAGGCUGCUGGAUCAGACCCGGUGAGAAUGGCUCGUCUCUAUGGCUUGAUGGAGAAGUUCUACAAGGGACGUCUACUUCUGAACUCGACCGAUUUCGGCGAUGUUUUCUCUUUGAAGUUUGUCAAAGAGUACCGUGCCGUGUACCAGGCUAGAUCUGUGGAGUUCUUGAGUUCGCUUUCGGAGAAAAUACUGAACGAUAUAGCUCACCACAACUCAUUCAAGGAAUCAAAUGAUGCUUUACGCAGCAACAUUUCUGCUUUACACAUUUUGAACAGCAAAGAGCUUUUCCUGGUUUUAGAUAAAGGUGCUCUCUCUAAAUCGGUCCAGAUUGCUUCGACCCAGCUUUCUAGAGCAUUACAAUCUCCUCGAAGCUUUGGCUCGGCAUUGGGAGACACUAAACAAUUUGCUCUGCUGUUCGUAAGUACUCUUGAAGCAUUACUACGGGCAUGUCACGGUUCUGACGAAAAGCUGUUAUACACUGAGUUCGUGGAGUACCUUUCUGCGCCUUCCUUGGAGAAAGUAUACUGGGAAAGACUAGUUUUGAAGUUCAAGAGAAAUAUUGCAACCACAAUGGCUAGGGGAGGACCAAUUGCCAAGUCUCUAGUGACCAACUAUUCGAACAUGGCUUCCUCAGUGAAGUCAAUGUUUGAACCUGAAAUCGCAAACCUUUUACAAGACGCCAUUGUCAUCAUUGACAAUGCCCCAAAAUAG